ACCAGCGUUUGAAACGUUGGGCGGUUCCGCCCACAGCGUUCUCUUCAAACAAACGCGACUUAUGCCCAAACGCUCCUUUAACGCCACUUCUCCAGAGAGAGGGAGGCAGAGACGAUGGUGACGCUGAUCGUGGCUACGACCUAUGACCCGGCGUCCAUCAACCCGGCGGCAAAGCUUCUCGCAAUGCCCGGAUCGAUCUCCGGCCCCGUAUUGCCGCCGGACAUCAAAAGCUUCUCAAACCAGCAAAUUAGGGUUCUUCAGCACGACAGACAUAUUGUGGAAGAGGAUGAUCUCGACCUGCGAUGGGAGGAAGCCACCGGGGAAGCCGUGGACGAAGUCAUCUUCCUCAGCCGCCACACCGCCGUCUCUAACCGCCCUGCCCUGACUGUUCACCCGAUCGGAGUUCCUCACUUGCGGGAAGGAGAUGUGACACCGCAGGGAGGACGGCCUGGUUGGGCGGCGCCGCCCAACCCUAGGAUAGGUCCAUGGCUGCGUCUUCUGAAGAAACUCGCCCAAGCUCACGGAUUAGUUCCUGAAUUUGAGAUUACAUUGGAAGGCACUCAUCAUGGGCCAAUAACGAGUAAGCCGACGAUGUUCCUGGAGAUUGGUAGUACAGAGGAGUACUGGAAGAGGCAGGACGCAGCUCAAGUCAUGGCUCUGUUGAUGUGGGAAGGACUUGGCCUGGGAGGAGGUGCACCUGUUGGAAACUGGAACAGUGAAAAUGAAAACAAAAAGGGAAAAGUACUUCUUGGUAUUGGGGGUGGACAUUACGCUCCUCGUCACAUGGAUAUAGCUCUGAAAGACGAGGUUUGGGUAGGUCACUUGCUUUCUGGAUACUCGUUACCGAUGGAAGAUCCAAAGCAAAACAAGGCAAACCUGGAAGAGAAAGGUAUCGGUGGGACUUGGAAACAGUCGAUUAAGGCAGCAUUUGAGGCAACGGAAUCAGCUUUCCCGGGAGGCGAGAUUUUGGCUCAUCUCGACCACAAGAGCUUCAAAGGUUGGCAGAAGAAUGCCAUUACAGAGUUUCUGUCGGAACAGAGCAUCAAAGUCGGCAAGCCAAAUGACUUCUUCACCUGAUCUUCUUCCCCUCCAAUUCAUCAUAUUUAUAACUUCUUUAUCCUUGUCUUAAGGACAGAACUGUAGUGGUUUCGCAAUGUUUACAUCAUUGGUAAUGUUUCUUUGUAAGACUAUGGUGAUAUAUUAGCAGAUAAUAUAUCCAUAAUUCCAAUCUAA